AUGUGCUUCGACGGAAAAGCCCAACACCAAUUGGUAUGGCUUCAUAAAAGAGACUUCCGACAACUCAACCUCCAGGAUGAGCACCUGGAACAUCGGCAGGAGGUCCAGGACUACCUCGUUUUGCACAGCAAAGCUACCACUGGUCUUAUGAACGAAAUUGACGAUCAAUCCGACGAUCUAUAUGACGACAGCCGAAACGGCGAUGCCAAUGAUGAUGGCCAACGAUCCGAGACCCUCGAUUUUGUGGGAGGUGACCGAACCGGGAUUACAAGGAACAUACCAGAAAUCGAGCCACAGCGACAUGUGAAGGUUGAAUCCUCAACUCAGCGUUCAGGAAGACAUCAGCUCUGGCCAAUGGCGCGCAGAGCCUCUCCUGCCAUGAAGAGUCUUGAUAACAGCGACUCCAGCCACUUUAGCGACUUCGUUGACUCUAGCGAGCUUGGUGUCCUGGUGCUGAAUUGCGAUAACAAUAAGAAAGAGGAAAACAACACGGCUGUAAAACAGCAUCUUAAGCGAAUGGAAGACCAGCGACGACGUCGCUGUCGCGCUUCCCAAGUUUAUCGAGUCCUCAAACGUGAUCCUCAGCAUGGUGAGAUUUACAUGGCUUGGUGGGAUCUGGGCAAGACAGCAAAAGCGUCUGGAGAGGAGAACUUGAAGCUCUUUGCAUUUCUGGUCCUGCCCUUCUUCCCGGAAGAGAGUGAUCGCUUUGGCGUGAGCGUUACCAGUUCCAACCUCAACAACGACAUUCCCACUUGUUACAAGUACAAUACAUCAACCGAGACUGUCAACGGCAGAAAAUACGAAAUCAUCCAUUUAGACGACGAUGGUACGGCUAGAGAGGUAAUGGCGGACCCAGCGAACUACCCGCUUCGGUGGAGGAACCCGGAACCGGAGGUGAAGAGGGAGCUCGGGAGCCAAGAUGGCUUGCAGCAGGAAUACCAGGUGGUACCAGAACAGGGUAGUACCCAGUGA